AUGGCAGGGAAUGAAGAAUCAUCUACUAGGGCCAAUCGCUCGUUACUCCAAGAACAUGAUCUUCGCGGGAUAGGAUCGUGGAUCGUUGUGUUCGAAAAUCCACCAGAUCAGCAAUCUAUCGACUGGCAGAGCUUCAGUCCAUCCACGGUCCAUCGCAUUGUCACCGCACCCGCCACACCUGAUGCAUCAUCGACAAGUGUUGCACAAGACCAGAGCGUUUCUCACUUAUGCCUCCAGCCUCAGCAAGGCCGACAACCCGUCACGUCUCAUAAUGGAGGACCUUUGAAGGAAACCUCCUUUAAUCUAGCAGAUGACAAGUCGACGAACAAUGAUACCGCUGAUACAUGCGUGCAUGCCUCAUCCGUGGGACAUGCCGCACAGUCGCAGCGAAGCCCUAGUCUGUACUCAUUCGCCUCUGCAUCGAUGUAUGUGAACGUCGAUCACCCUGAACCGACAUCCCGGGGAACAGAAGACCAGCAGCUUCAGCACCCGGCAGAUCCCUACCAAUCGCAGCAGUACUCUCCACCAUGGUCUUUAUACUUUCGUUAUGACACGAUGAAUGCACAACGAGCUGUGGCUCAGUUCGACAGAUCUUACAACAACAACAACGGAUGA